UUGAAGAAGAGUUUCUUUCCAUCACUCAGCAGAGCUCGCGAGCAGCAGGUGAGGAGGCAGCAGUGGAAUCGGGGAUUUUCCGGGAUGGAGUCCGUGAUGAGGCCGGCGGCUCUGCUCGUUGCUCUCUGGUGCUGCUGCGGAGCACAGAAGAUUAAUUCUGUUUCCCCACACAUAGGAAGCUCUAACGGAGCAACAAGACUCACCAUCAUCGGACAGGGUUUUGCUCAGGAGCAACAGUUUCAACUGAACCCCAAAGACGACAUGUUUGGAAACCGCGUGACGUUGGUGUCGGACACCUUGUCGAUCCCCUGCGAUGUGGAGAGAGACUCGACGCAUGGAAACCAAAUUAUGUGUUACACCAGAGCGAUGCCGUAUGACCAGUAUGUGGUCCAUGUCAGCAUAGAUGGUGUCCCCAUUCCUGACAGCAACAUAUGCGGCGGGUCUUAUAAACCCUACUACUGUAGCUUCUAUUCCGUGUGGUAUCGCACACCUACCAUCUUCUCCCUGAGUCCGGUCAGUGGCCCUCCAGGCACACUGGUGACGCUGCGAGGACGGAUUUACUCUGACGUGUACGGAAGCAACACGGAUGUGAGCUCAAACGGCCUCAACGUCCGUUUUCUGAGAUCUUACAUGGGAGGAAUGCCCUGUGACCUGCUGAAACCGGAGUCAGAUACUUUGUAUAACCUGCAGCUGGAGUCUGAAACUUCUCAGUGGGGAUACAUGAGCUGCAAGAUGACGGGGACGUAUGUCGGCCAUCACAACCUGAGCUACAUUCUGGACGCUGAUUUUGGAAGGAGUUUACCAGAUAAGAAUCUGUUCUGGGUUUCAUCGCUGGGAAAGCUCUCCAUGUUCCAGACGUUUGCAGAGGUGACGGGAGUCUCUCCAUCAAACGGCAGCAUCAUGGGCGGAACUCUGCUGACCGUCCACGGCCGCUUCUUCGACCAAACCGACCAACCGGCGCGUGUUCUGGUUGGAGGUCUGCCGUGUGAAGUCCAGAGCGUAGCCGAUGACAGAAUAACAUGCAUUACUGCUAAAUACCAGAUGAACAACAACAUGACGAUGUACCCGGGUGGGAGAGGCUUGAAGAUGGAGGUGUGGAACAACAGCCGCCCUGGUCCCUUGACUGACAUCUGGCGUUACAACAAAACAGCUGGCUACUGGAGCCAGUGGAUCGACUCCCUGCCACAGGUAUUUGCUGAUGAGUUUAAUUUCUUCAGCACACGAUCCACGGGCUUCUUUGUGCCUCCGGCCAGCGGCAACUUCACCAUGUACCUGCACUGCGACGACAGAUGUGAACUCUACCUCAGCAACUCGUCCCGACCGGAAGAUAAGGUUAAAGUUGCGUUCCAGCCAUAUUACGUGUAUGAGUACUCACGUCUGGAGUCACAGAAAACUAAAGUGUUGGCUCUGGAGAAAGGAAAACCCUACUACAUGGAGCUCCUGCACUAUGAAAACAGCGGGAAAGCUGAUUUCAAGAUCAUCUUGUUCCAAGAGGAGAGUCCCUUCACAGAAGACCAGACAGACGAUGCUGUCAACGAAGUUCAAAACAUUGUGGCUGAAUAUGAAGCGUUUGAUGAAGAACAGGUGGUUACCUUUAACACAUGGCCCUUCAAUGCCACAGCAGUCAAAGAGGUGCAGGAGGUGAGCGUCAGCAGCAGCUGUGCCAGCCAUCUUUGUGGAAGCACCUUCUUCAGCCUGAGCUACGGACACGCCAAAACUGCACUGAUGCCCGUCAGCGCCUCAGCAGCGGUGGUGGAAGCAGCUCUGAACAAUCUGUGGUCCAUCAAACCCGACACAGUCCAGGUCACCAAACAGGAAGACGAUCAAGGGUCUCACUACAAGGUCACGUUCAACUCUGACAGAGGUGACUUCAGACCUCUUCAAUACGAGGUUUUUGGCUCAGACACCAACAUCACUGUUGCCGAGGUAACCAAGGGGCAAAGCAACAUGAAGACCUUCACUCUUUUCUGGGAGGGAGUUCCUACAAAACCCAUCGCCUUCAACGCCACUGAGUCUGAGGUGCGGUCGGCUCUGGAGGACCUGAUAACAGCCAAAUGUCCCGCUGAGAUUCUGACCUCGGAGGGCGCAAACGUGAAAUACUUCAAAGACUUUGAAAACGGCAACUCUCAGAUCAGCCAAGCUGCAGGAACUCCUGUGAACAACUCUGGUUUCUGUGGGCUGUGGUCGCUGAAGAACGCUGAGAUUCUUUUCAUGAACAGCUACACCAAAGAGUCCGGAGAGACAUACGGCCCAGUGUCCCUGGACCAGCACCCCAUGCUUUGUUUUGCAUACAAGGGAAGGUUGAAGGAUGAAGUCGGGGUGAUGUUCACAUACCGCGACAUCAAAGGUCAAACCAAGACAGAGACGGCAAAUAUCAACGCUUUGUUCAACAAGGACUCCAACUGGAGCUACAAAUGCAUGGACCUGCAGAGCUCUCUGCAGACAGAAUACAUCGGGAGCAGCUACAGCGUGCUGCAGCUUUACCUUUACAAGGACCAGUCCGGGGAAGAUUUCUAUGUGGAUGCUGUUUACAUCGGAAAGAGAGCAACCACAGCAGAUGAGAACGCUGUCCCCCUCAAGAGGAGGCCUCCUCCUUUUGAGAGCUCUGGAAAGUCCUUCAAAGCUUUUUCUGUCACAAAAGACCAAUCGGCUUCUCCUCAGAUCCGAUACCAGAUCAAAGCCACGCCGCUGGAAUGUGCGUUUGGGUUCCCACUGCUGGACGUUGGCUUCUUUCAGAUGUCCAACAGCAGUGAGGACGAGGCAAGGUUCAGCCAAGGAGGCGCCGUCAUCGCCAUCGCUCGCCCUCACAGAGCCACGCCUCCUCUCAACGGCACCUUCGAUGUGGAGAUUUACGGAGGCCGAGCUGAAGGUCUGUCUGUGGACAUCAGCCAGGAGGACCUGAAGUAUGCUCUGGAGGGAAUCUCUGGGAUGGGCCAGGUGAUGGUGGUGAAGCAGGGAAGCUGCAGACGUCCUGAAUGGGUGGUGACGUGGCUCACGAAGCCUGGUGACCAGCCUCUGAUGAAGGUCGACGACUCGUUGGUUGUCGGCAAAGACGUGAAGGUUUCAGCCCUUGAGAAAGUAAAGGGAGGACUGUUGAUCCGAGGCCUGAUGGGAGAUUUCUUCCGUGUGUGGGAAAACAAACCUCAGGUGGAGGUGUCCAUCAACGGGAUUCCCUCCAAAUGCUCAGGCGACUGCAGCUUUGAGUGGUCCGAGGAGAAAACUCCAGUUGUGACUGGAAUCAGCCCAUCUCAAGGAUCUCAUGGCCUGGGGACCCUUCUAACCAUCACCGGGACCGGAUUCAGUAAUGAAAACGCUUCCAUCAUGGUGGGAGAAGCCAGUUGUCAGGUUCAAGAGACCACAGCUACUACUCAGGUGUGCAGAGUGGGCGGAGCCAGCGCUGGCACCUACCCGGUGAUGGUCAGCUUCCUCUCUCUGGGUGACGCACGCUACGCUGGCGGCAGCAUCCUCCGCUUCACCUACCAGCUGAUCGUUUCCUCUUUCUCCCCGCUGACCGGAGGUCUCGGAGGAGGGACCCUGCUGACUGUGAGGGGGUUUGGCCUUGGCCAGAACACCACGGUGACUGUCGGCGGGGGGGAGUGUGUGCUGGUCCAUGCAGCCGACACCGAGCUGCAGUGCAGAACACCAGCAGGAUCUGCAGGGUCGCAGGUCGUGGAAGUGAAGAUGGGAAACAUGAGUGUGACUGCCAACAGCUCCUUCACCUACGAUACCACCCUCACCCCCCAGAUCUCCAGCAUGGGGCCUCCAGCCACCACUGUGAUGGGACACAGAGUUCUCACCAUCCAGGGUUCGAACCUGGGAGGAGAAGACAAUGACAGUGUCGUGCUGGUCGGCGCGACGGAGUGUGUCAGGGUUCAGUGGACGGCGACUGAAAUCACCUGCGUCCUCCCUGUGCUGCCGCCCGGCCUGUACAAGGUGGACAUUCAGGUUGGAAACAGAGGCUUUCCCCAGACCAGCAGUGGCGUGAACGCCACCAUCGAGUACAUCCUGGAGGUGCAUGCCAUCUCGCCGCUGUCCGGCUCUUUAAUGGGAGGAACCACGCUGACUGUCUCUGGCUUGGGUUUCAGCAACAACACGUCUGAUAUCAAAGUGUCUGUCGGAGAGGCGGAGUGUGACGUGGUGGCCGCCUCCGAGUCCGAGCUGCAGUGCGUGGUCGAGUCAGAGGAGAAGACUCACACCGUCACCAACCAGGGAUCUCACCUCACUUAUGGACAGGGAUAUGCGUGGAGUCCGGCCUCGCUCACCGUGUUUGUUGGAGAUGCAGUGGGGUGGCGAUGGGAGGCUCCUGCCUUCCAGAGAGUCGGGUACCGGGUCUUCAGUGUCUCCAGCCCAAGUGGUACCACCUAUGAAGGAGGUCCCCUCAACAGUGGAGAAACAAAGACUGGAAAAGGAUUUUUCAGCUACCGUUUCACCGUGCCCGGCGUGUACUACUACAGCAGCGGCUACGUUGACGACUUCAACUCCAGGCUGCUGCAGGGAGUGGUGAAAGUCCAGAGCCGGGAGGAGAAGAGCAGCAACGUCUCCGUCAGUGUGGGAGGCAUUGAAGCCAGACAUGUGCCAGGAGGUUCCCGUCGCGUGUCCAGAGCAGCUCCUCAGUGCAUUGCCUCCUCAUCAUGCCCGCAGACCAACAUCACUUCAGAUGAGCUUUCCUUCAGCACCUCUGCCUGCUUAACCCCCACAGUCCACUCCAUCUCCCCCAACCAGGGCUCAUAUCACCAAGUCAUCCACAUCCAGGGACAAGGCUUCAGCAGCGCCACCUGCGCCAACGAGGUGACCGUUGGAGAUGAGCCGUGUCAGGUGACCAACAGCUCUCAGAAGGAGAUCUUCUGCCAGCUCAGCUCCAGCACCAUGUUUCCCAUCGGUGUGGCUCUUCCUGUGGCCAUCAAAGUCAACAACCUCGGUGGCGCCAUCGUAGCUGUUUCAAAUGAGUUCAUGCGACGUUUCGUGGUCCUGCCGGUAGUGGACUCAGUCUCGCCCCCCAUCGGCAGCCCCACCGGCCAGACAAGGCUCCUCAUCCGUGGUUCUGGGUUCUCAGAGGGCGACGUAACUGUAGCUAACGUUCCCUGUGAUGUGGUGUCGCUAAAUUACACCCAAAUCAUCUGUGACACAGCGCCAUCUCAGCCCCAUGAUGGCCAAGUCGUCUUCCACAUGGGCCAAAUCACAAGCUCCUGUGACUCAAAUUGCUCCUUCCUGUACUCCUCCUCUGUCACCCCCGCCGUUAACAGCGUUUCCCCCAGCAGCAUCAACAACCAGACCGACGUAACCAUUUCUGGCUCAGGGUUCAGCAGCUAUGCGGAUGAUGUGGCCGUGUUCGCUGGCGCCACAGAGUUAGAAGUAACCGCCGUUAACGAUGGCAACAUCACAGCGAGAGUCAGCGCUCUUCCUGCAGGAGAACACCCAAUCACCGUGAUCGUGAGGAGCAGAGGCCUGGCAUCAGGUCAGGUGACUCUGAGUAGCCGUGCACAAGCCAUCCUGAGCCCUGACGCUGGCAGCGUGGCGGGAGGAACGCCGCUCGUCUUCACAGGAAACGGUUUCGCUCCAGGAAACACCAGCGUGAUGGUUGGAGGUAAACCCUGCAAAAUCCAGGAGGAGACGCCAGGUCUCCUCCGCUGCCUCACUUCUCCACACACCAAGGGGCAGGUGGCCGUCAGCAUCCGGGUCUUCAAUGUGGAGUACCCGUCCCUCAACUUUAACUACUCUGCAGCCCACACACCUGUGAUCAGCUCCAUCAGCCCCUCCACCGGACCAAGCGGCUCCGUCGUCACGGUGACCGGGUCAGGAUUUGGUACCGACUCUCAGCUCGUCUCCGUCACCAUAAACCGCAUCCCCUGCAACGUGUCCUCCGUAAACGACACACAGGUCCAGUGUACCACAGGAAGCAACCCGGGGGGGACGUACCUGGUCACGCUGCAACAUCAGGUCAAAGGUCAAGCCCAGUCAGCUGUCACGUUCACGUACGAGCUGAGUCUGAGCGGCGUGCAGCCCAACGAGGGUAGUUUUGGAGGCGGAGCUCUGCUGUCCAUCCAGGGCUCCGGGUUUGAUCCACACAACUCCACGGUGUUGAUCUGUGGGCAGGAGUGUCUUGUGGACAGAGAAACGUCCACAUCCUCCCGUCUCAGCUGCAGAUCCCCACUAAACAACAGCACUCAGACGGAGGUGAGAUGCAUCGUUUCUGUCAUCAACCAGCUGUUUGCUGUCAACGUGUCGAAUGGCUUCACCUACAAAUCCGAGCUGACUCCGGUCAUCAGCGACGUGUCUCCGCGGAGAGGAGGCACGGCCGGAGGCACCCGGCUCACCAUCACCGGCUCCGGUUUCAGCACUGACGUGAGCCAAGUCAACGUGACGGUCGCCGGGUCGGUGUGUGACAUCACGUCCACCAACAACACACACAUCAUCUGUGUGACAAACGCUCAGAGGCAGUCUCAGCAAACCAAAGUCAGAGUCAGCAUCGGAGACCGCGGCAUCGCCAAGAUGGAUAACGCGGACUUCUUCUACAUUGAUGUUUGGUCAUCGAGGUUUACUUGGGGAGGCCUGUCUCCACCUGAAACCGGCUCAUUUGCCAUCAUCACGAAGGGCCAGACCAUCCUGCUGGACACCAGCACCCCUGUGCUCAAAAUGCUCCUGAUCCAAGGAGGAACUUUGGUGUUUGACGAAGUCGACGUUGAGCUGCAGGCUGAGAACAUCCUGAUCACAGACGGUGGGCGGCUCCAGAUCGGAAAGGAGGGGGCGCCGUUCCAGCACAAAGCCAUCAUCACGCUUCACGGACACCUGCGCUCCCCUGAACUUCCUGUUUAUGGAGCCAAGACGCUGGCUGUCAGAGAGGGAGUGUUGGACCUUCACGGCAUUCCUGUCCCUGUUCCCUGGACCCACUUGGCUGAGACGGCAGCCAGCGGCUCUAACAUGCUGACCCUGAUGAAGGCGGUGACGUGGAAACCAGGAGACGAGAUCGUCGUCGCCUCCACCGGCCACAGACACAGUCAGAGGGAGAACGAGGUGAGGAAGAUCGCCUCCGUGUCGGCCAACGGAAAGACUCUGACUCUGAGCGAACCGCUCACAUACACUCAUCUCGGGGUGUCCGUCACGCUGCCUGAAGGCACGAUGUUUGAAGGCAGGGCUGAAGUGGGCCUCCUCACCAGGAACAUCGUGGUCCGAGGCUCCCAGAACCAAGAAUGGAGCGACCAGAUUGAAGCCUGCCCUGAAGGCUUCAACACAGGGGAGUUCGCCACCCAGACCUGUUUCCAAGGACGGUUUGGAGAGGAGGUCGGCAGCGACCAGUUUGGAGGAUGCAUCAUGUUCCACGCACCCAAACCGGGUGCGAACCUCGCAAUCGGCAGACUGGAAUACGUCGAGGUCUUCCAUGCAGGACAGGCCUUCAGGCUGGGACGUUACCCCAUCCACUGGCAUCUGAUGGGAGACAUCAACUACAAGUCAUACGUGAGGGGCUGUGCCAUCCAUCAGACGUUCAACAGGGCCGUAACCAUCCACAACACCCACCGGCUGCUGGUGGAGCACAACGUGAUCUACGACAUCAUGGGCGGAGCCUUCUUCAUCGAGGACGGCAUCGAGACGGGGAACAUCCUGCAGUACAACCUGGCCGUGUUCGUAAAACAAAGCACCAGCCUCCUCAACGAUGACGUCACUCCCGCCGCCUACUGGGUCACCAACCCCAACAACACCAUCCGCCACAACGCUGCAGCGGGAGGCACCCACUUCGGCUUCUGGUACCGCAUGCAUGACCACCCCGACGGUCCAUCGUACGAUCCAAACAUCUGCCAGAAGAACGUCCCCCUCGGCGAGUUCUUCAACAACACGGUGCACUCUCAGGGCUGGUUCGGCAUCUGGAUCUUCCAAGACUUUUUCCCCUUGAUGGAUGGACGCUGCAAUUCCAAGAUCCCAAAGCCUGCAGUCUUCCGAUCCCUCACCACCUGGAACUGCGAGAAGGGCGCCGAGUGGGUCAACGUCGGAGCCGUGCAGUUCCACAACUUCCUCAUGGUCAACAACGAGAAAGCCGGCAUCGAAGCCAAGCGCAUCUUUCAGUGGGCCGUGAGCGGCUUCGGAGAGGACGGAGGGGCCACCGUGUCCAACAGCACCAUCGUGGCCCACGUGGACGAGCUCGGGCUGGGAAACCAGUACUGCACAAUGCGAGGAGUCAUCACGCCUUUCGAUGACGGCAUGAGCGUCCUCAACACCAAGUUCAUCAACUUCGACCGCGGAAACUGCACGGCCAUCGGCGUCACAUCCAUCGAUGGGACAUGCGUUGACCGGUGCGGCGGGUGGGCCGUCAGGUUCAGUGGAAUCCAGUACACCAACUCCCCCAACAAGGCCGGGUUCAGAUGGGAGCACGAAGUCCAGCUGGUGGACAUGGACGGCUCCCUAACAGGAAACAUUAACUACAAGGUGGUGCCUAUGAGCCGCCUGCUGGACCCGGCUCAUUGUUCCCAGAGCGCCGAGUGGAGCGUGGGUUUCCCCGGCGCUGUGUGUGACCACACAGUCAACUUCCACCGUCUGGCCUUCAACAAUCCAACUCCAACCUCCCUGAAGGCCAAAGAUGUCAUCUUAACCAAUUCCUACGGCAGCAGUGUGGUCCCCUACUUGCAGAAACGAUUGACUCAUAAGCCUGGUUGGAUGGCCUUGCUUCCAUCCAGACAGACAUACAACUGGUACUUUAACAACGUGGACCAAAUUACUAACAUCACCUAUGAUGCUAAAUUCUACAGCUUUACGUCGGAUCAGUUCGUCAUCAUCAACCACAACUUCACCCAGAGCCUGGACAGUUUCCGCAUCAUCGACACGCGGAACGGCUCGUCCACGCCGCUGAGCUUCAGCAACAACAAGAACGGAGACUGGUUCUUCAAUAAGAGCAGCAACGACCUCUUCUACAUGGUGUCGGGUAAGACGAGCCUGCGCAGACGGCGCAACAGCGUCGACCGCUCCAUGUCCGACGUCGCCAUGAACUUCGCCGUCUACCGCUGUUUCUACCUAAACUGCAUCCCUCCACCUCCGGCCACGCUCGCGCCCUUACCCAGCCGCCGACCGGCCAACUUCGUUCGGUGGUCUGACGAGUCCUUCUGGAAGGCUUCAGCUGAAAACAACUUCGCUGUGCCGACAGACGGCGCCAAUGUGGUCGUCCCGUCAGGAAAGUGGGUGGUCCUGGACAGAAACACUCCUCACCUCAACAAGCUGACGGUGAUCGGCGUCCUCGAGAUUCCUGACGCCAUGAACGCUUCGUCCAGCAACAUCACCGUGGUGGUUGACGCCGUCUACGUCUCCAUCCAGGGAGGAAGGCUGAUCGCAGGAUGGAGCGACGAGCCGUUCAGAGGUCAGCUGCUCUUCAGACUGAGAGGGAAACACAACACUCCUGAUUGGCCGCUGCCAAAUGGACCCAACCAGGGAUCCAAAGUCCUGGGUGUGUUUGGUACGCUGGAGCUGUACGGACAGCCUCACGAUGUCUACCACACCAAACUGGCCGCCACCGCCGACGCCGGCUCCAGCACUCUGACUCUGACUCGCUCCGUGGACUGGCAGGUCGGAGACGAGGUCGUCAUCUCCACCACCAGCUACAAGGCUUCAGAGACAGAAAAGCGUCAGAUCGCUGCCGUGUCAGCAGACGGCCGUGUCCUGACCCUGGACCAGCCUUUGGCCCACGCUCACAUUGGUGAGACUCACUCCGUCUCAGGUACAUCUUUCUCCUACACUCUGGCAGCUGAUGUCGGCCUCCUGACCAGAAACAUUAAGAUCAUCGGUGAGGACUAUCCAGAGAUGAUGACUGAGUCGUUUGGAGCCAGACUGCUGGUCGGUGCCUUCUCCAGCGCAGGAAUUGACUAUAAAGGUAAAGCUCAGAUCAGAAAUGUGGAGUUCUUCCACUCUGGACAGGAGGGCUGGACUGACGAUUAUGACCCACGCUACUCAGUAGCUUUCCUCAACCUGGGAAAGGUUUCAGGAGCUGACACGUACAUUCAGGGCUGCGCUUUCCACGACGGAUUCUCUCCGGCUAUCGGCGUCUUUGGGACGGAGGGACUGAACAUCUCUGAUAACAUCGUCCACCACACUGUCGGAGAAGGAAUCAGGAUUUGGGGGGACAAGAUCACGCUGAGCAGGAACCUGGUGAUGAUGACGCUGUGGCCGGGCUCGUACCAGGACAGAGAGGAGCCCUUCAACAUUGAGUGGAACGCUGCGAUCGAGGUCAAUGAGGGGACGAACGUCGUGCUGCAGCAUAACAUCGUGGCAGGUUUUGAGAGGGUGGCGUAUCGCAUCAACGGUGAACCGUGUCCAGGCUCUGUGAACGAUAACGAGGCCUGGGUUCACAACGAGGCUCACGGCGGUCUGUACGCAGUCUACCUGAACCAAGACGGUUUACCCGGCUGCAGCUUCAUCCAGGGAUUCUUCAUCUGGAAGAGCUUCGACUUCGCCAUCUACUUCCAGGUCGUGAUGAAUGUCGUCAUUUCCAACGUGACCCUGGUGGACAACGGGAUGGGCGUCAUGCCUCUCAUCUAUGCUCCGCCCUCUGUGUCUCAUUUAUUUGCAGAUAAAAGCGUUGAAGUUAAGAAUUCCCUGAUAGUCGGCAGCAGCCCGAGCUUCAACUGUUCGGACACGUUGAGCUCCAGCGACUUUAAUGUGGCCAUCAGCGCUGGCCAUCGCGCUCCCAGACCUCCUUCAGGAGGCAGAUCUGGAAUCUGCUGGCCGACGUUCCAGUCCGCCCACAACACCGCUCCAGCCAAGCCUCAUCAUCUCAACAUGAACUACAACUCCAUCACAGGGCUGAUGAAAGUCACAGACACAACAUUCGUCAAUUUCCAAGACGUCUGUUCCGGUGAGAUGAACUACAUGUUCAUCACCAACCCGCUGAACGAGGACCUGCAGCACCCUGUGCAGGUCUCGGGGAUAAAGAUGUUUCACAGCAAAGAGGAGGCCAAAGUUUUUGUCCACAGGCCUGAUCUGGGGAAAGUGAACCCGGCUGACUGUGUGGACAUGGACUGCGAUGCGAAGAAGAAGACCAUGCUGAAGGACCUGGACGGCUCCUUUCUGGGUGCAGUGGGAGCUGUGGUGCCUCAGUCUGAGUACGAGUGGGGAGGAGAUCCCAGGAGGGGUCUGGGUGACUAUCGCAUCCCCAAAAUCAUGCUCACUGCCCUCAAUGGAAGCCGGAUUCCCGUGGAACAGAUCGCUCCUCAUAAAGGUGUGAUCAGGAAAAACUGCACCUACAUGGACUCCUGGCAGAGCUACAAGUGCUUCGAGCUGAACUACAGGAUGGUGGUGAUCGAGAGCCUCGACUCGGACACGGAGACCAGACGUCUGUCUCCUGUCGCUGUGCUCGGAGACGGCUACGUGGAUCUGAUCAACGGUCCUCAGGAUCACGGAUGGUGUGCUGGCUACACCUGCCAGAAGCGUCUGUCUCUGUUCCACAGCAUCAUGGCCACCGGUCACGCCUUCGACAUCUACUUCACCAGCGUCAGCCCGCAGAAACUCCGCCUCAUGAUGCUCAACGCUGACCCAUCUGAGAGCCUCUUGGUGUCAGUCUUCUUCUCCAAACCUCAGCGGCUGGACGUGUAUGUCAACAACGGCCUGGUGGCUCCGACUAAUGCUGCGUGGAACAACGGCAAAACUGAUUACACCCUGAAGGAACCAACAUACACAAAUGAGUACGUCCCUCAGAUGAACGCCUCCAUAGGCACCAACUACUUUGACCAGAACUACAAGAUGCUGAAGGUUUUGCUGAGAGGUUCCACACCAGUGGAGAUCAGAACCUCCCCAGUUCUGGUCCUGGCCUUCAAUAUGCCUGCCAUGACUGAGGACGAGUUUUUUGGUGAUAACCUGGUCCAGAACCUCGCUAUUUUCCUCAAAAUUCCCACAAACAUGAUCCGUAUCACCAAGAUCGUCAGGGAAGAUGGAGGCGCGCGACGCAGGAAGAGGUCCACAGGCCUGACGGUGGAGGUGGAGAUCAAGAAACCUCCUGCACAGCAAAACACCAACAGCACCAACGGUGAAGAAGACUUCACAUUGCUGAAGAACAUUGCUGAUGAUCUGGGUCAGGCGGCCGUUUCCGGAAACCUCAGUCAGUCCAUUGGCUUUAACGUUUCCUCCAUGGGUAUAACCCCACCUCCCCCAUCCUCCUCAGACCCCAGCUGGAACGAGGUGGCAACAGAGGAAGUGACGAGAAAAGAGCCUAAAACCAACUUUUUAUCCGGCGUGGCCGACCUGCUGUUGGUGGAGGAGCCCAUAGCUGGGGAGUUUGUCGGUCCUCUGUACCAGCAGCCCAGUCUGAUGGCCGUGGACAAAGAGGGUAACUGCGUCUCUGUGGGAGUGACCACGCUCACGCUUACAGCCAGUCUGAAGGACGCCAGUGGAAACGAGGUGGAUGGACUGAAUGGAAACACCACCAUCUUGUUCAGAACCUGCUGGGCCAACUUCACCGGCCUGUCCAUCCUCAACAGCGGUGAGAACCUGACGAUGGUCUUCACUUUGAAGGAAUGGGGCGCCGAGUCAAAGACAUUCUCCGUAAAGGACACUCCAACAACUGUCCCCCCAACAUCCCCCACAACUACAGAACCGAAGUCCACCACCGACGAUGACAGCAUCUUCAGCUCCAGUCCUGCUCUGACUGUCUGCAACGCCUGUCUCGCCAGCGUCAUCUACCACGUGGCGUUUUGUUCCAGCGGCAUCUCCUGUUAGAGCUCCUCAGUUAAAUUGCUUUUGUGAAGGAUACCUCAACUUAUUUUGUUCACAUGAACUACUCUUCUGGGUAAAAUUGAUAGUUUUUUUCUGUUUUUCGGUUUCUUUUUAGUACUUUUGGGCUUUUUGUGUUUGCUGUGAUUGUACAUCAGGUGUAAGAGAAAUAUGAAUAUGUAUGUCUAAGAAGUGUGAUAGUUCGCCUGUAUCUGAAGGAAAAUAUGAAGUUAUAUGGUCACAUCCACUGUUGCACUUUAUUGUUUUAAACCAAUUGUGUUUUCAAUAAAUUCUGUUUUUCACUAUU